GGACUUCGAGAGACAUUAGACAAUAUAUUACGAUCUGAUUCAUGCAAGAUGCUAUACCCGAAGAAGAAGAGAUCGAAGAACUUCUUCUGGUCUCGAAAUCAUUGAAUAAAGGAGUAGCGACGAUAAAAGAAACUCCUCCAUCGGCACAAAUAAAAAAAGGAACAUCUCCUAAUGACAGCGUGGAUGACUGCGAUCUCGGAUUUAGCUAUGUGUCCACCUCGCAGCGUAGCAUCAUCCCUAGAAAGGGUACUUUGCCUUCGUAUAUAGCAGGCGCUUCUAAUGAUACUCCAGCUCUAGCAGUGGCAUCUUCUAAACAUAUCAAACACACGACUGGAGAUGAGUGGGAAACAAAAAACGAUGCCGUUAUGGAUGCUGACGACUUAGGAGAGUUGCCCGAUGAUACUGAUUACCCAAACGACAAGAAGGAAUAUGAGGCGUGGAAAGAAAGGUUUGUACGACGGAAGCAGCAAUUUUAUGGCUCAACUGAGAACAAGGGUGAAAUGUCAGUAUGAUAAUCUGUAAAGUGGGAUAUAAAAGCGUAGAAUGCUUCCCAUUGAACUCUU